GAACCUUCACUUUUCUCUCCCACUCUUUUACAACUCACAUUGCAUAUCCUUUCUCUAUAUAUUACUUCACCUAAACCACUAUUCACAACACAAACACACACAUAACCAUGGCCUCUUCAGGAGCCUUCCUUUUGCUCACAUUGUCUAUGGUUUUAGUUCAUUUCUCUUUAGCUCAAUCUCCCAUGAUGGCUCCUUCUGGCUCCAUGUCCAUGCCGCCAAUGCCUAGCGGCGGCUCUCCAAUGCCAAUGAUGACUCCACCACCUAUGCCAAUGAUGACUCCCCCACCUAUGCCUAUGGCUCCACCGCCUAUGCCUAUGGCUCCUCCACCUAUGGCUAUGGCACCACCACCUAUGUCCAUGGCAACACCACCUAUGUCCAUGACUCCAUCUUCAAGCCCAAUGAGCCCACCAACUCCUAUGGCCCCAAGCCCAGAAACAAUCCCUGAUAUGGCUUCACCACCUAUGAUGCCAGGAAUGGAUUCUUCUCCUUCUCUGGGACCAAUGCCACCGGCAACGUCCUCGCCAGAUUCCGGAGCAUUCAAUGUAAGAAACGACGUCGUAGCACUUUCGUUACUUAUUGCAGCUCAUUUGCUUCUCGUUUGAGAUUAUUAUCAAACUGGACAGCAUCGUGUUCGUGUAAUUUACUUUCAUUAUUUUUCGAGCCAUUAGUUUUCAUCGGUUUAUCAUAUUUGAGUUUGUGUUUGAUAUGUACGGUUCAGACAUUUGUUUGCUUAAUAAGUUUUAUCAUUGACUCUAGUUGAUGUAUGUGAUGUAAAUUCAUUAUUAUCCAAAUUUUCACAGACAAAUUAUCAGUAACGCAAUUUAUCAAUAUAUCUCUCUUUUGUUAA